AAAAAGGCUAGUCAGCCUUUAUAUGACGGGAGUCCCCACUCUCAAUUGUCUAUUGCUGUUAGAUUAUUAAGCAUCAAAGCAGAUUGGAAUGUUCCUCAAGGUGCAAUGGAUGCUGUGAUUGGCCUUAUACAUGAAUUAGUUGACCCGAAUUUAGAGAUACCUGAAAAUUACUAUAAGGCAAAGAGACUAGUGUCUAAGUUAGGACUCUCGUCGAUGAGAAUUGAUUGUUGUGAAAAUGGAUGCAUGGUAUACUAUAAGGAUGAUGAAGGUCUAGAAUCUUGUAAGUUUUGUGGAAGAGCUCGUUUUAAGCGGACUCGUAGCGGGAAGAGGGUUGCCGUUAAGGUGAUGCAUUACUUACCUCUUACACCAAGGUUAAAGAGGUUGUACGCAUCAAAUAGCUCCGCUCCUCAUAUGAGAUGGCACAGUGAAAAUAGAAGGUCGCCUGGUGUUAUGUGUCAUCCAUCAGACGGAGAGGCUUGGAAACAUUUUGACACAACAUAUCCAGACUUUGCGGCUGAACCACGAAACAUUAGGUUGGGUUUAUGUUCCGAUGGAUUCACUCCACAUUCUGUUUCUGCUGCACCAUAUUCUUGCUGGCCUGUUUUUUUAACACCAUAUAAUCUUCCGCCUGAGUUGUGUAUGACUAGUCCAUAUAUAUUCCUUACUUGCAUCAUUCCUGGCCCACGUAAUCCAAAAGUUUUGAUUGAUGUAUACUUGCAACCUUUGAUUGAUGAGUUGAAAAUGUUGUGGGUUGAAGGGGUUGAGACGUUUGACGUUUCUCUUAAGCAGAAUUUUAAUUUGCGGGCCACUUUAAUGUGGACUAUUAAUGAUUUUCCUGCCUACGGGAUGUUGUCUGGGUGGAUGACUGCUGGAAAGUUAGCCUGUCCUUACUGCAUGGAGAAUACUAAAUCGUUCACUUUAAAGCAUGGCAAAAACAAUUCAUGGUUUGAUUGUCACCGUCAGUUCUUGCCAAUGGAUCAUGAGUUUAGGAGUAUGAAAAAUGCAUUUAGGAAGAGCAAAAUUGAACGAAACUAUCCACCUCCAAGACUUUCAGGAGAGGAAAUUUGGGAGAGGGUUGAGAACUUUCCAAAAGUUACUGAAGAACCACCGUACAAGUUCGAUGGGUAUGGGCUUGCACAUAAUUGGACCAAACAGAGCAUAUUUUGGGAGUUACCAUAUUGGAAGGAUAAUCUUCUCCGGCAUAAUCUUGAUGUUAUGCACUUUGAAAAAAAUUACUUUGAUAAUUUAUUCAAUACAGUAAUGGAUGUCAAGGGCAAGACAAAGGAUAAUCCAAAGGCAAGAUUGGACUUACAGGAAUAUUGUAUGCGUAAAGAUUUAUGGUUGCAGGACAAAGGGAACGGGGUCUUCAAGCCUAAGGCUAGUUAUUCAUUCACAAUGGAUCAUAAGCGAAAGAUUUGUGAAUGGGUUAAGAACUUGAAGAUGCCUGAUGGGUAUGCAUCAAAUUUGGAAAAACGUGUUGAUAUGGCGCAAGGGAAGUUACAUGGGAUGAAAAGCCAUGAAUGUCAUGUUUUCAUGGAAACUUUACUCCCCAUUGCAUUUAGUAGCUUGCCUGCCCGAAUCUGGAAGCCUAUGACAGAAAUUAGUUUGUUCUUCAAAGACUUGUGUUCCAGUACGUUGAGGGUAGACAACCUGGAUUGGAUGCAUCAGAAUAUCCCUGUAAUAACAAGUAAGUUGGAGAAAAUUCUUCCACCGGGGUUCUUCGAUGUGAUGGAACAUCUUCCAAUUCACCUUGCGGAGGAAGCUCGACUCGGAGGCCCAGUUCAUUGUCGUUGGAUGUAUCCCUUCGAGAGAACUAUUGGCAAGUCUAAACGGGGUAUCAAGCAGAAACAUAGAGUUGAAGGAUCAAUUUGCGAAGCCUAUCUUGCUAAGGAAACAACUCAUUUCUGUUCUUACUACUUUGGGAAUGAUGUGCCAUGCUUGCGAAACAGACCCAAUCGGCAUUAUGAAGGAGGUGAGAUUGAUGCUUUAGCGAAGCCAAUAUCAAUCUUCAAUCAACCGGGUUCAGGUUCAAAAAACGUACAAGACAAUUUAAUGAUAUGGAGUCUAAAUCUGCAUCGAUACAUGUCUUGCUAAAUUGCCCGGAAGUUCAACGAUAUUAUGACUACUUUGUGCAUCUAAAUGGCAUUGAAAAAGUGUACGACCAGUUUGGGAAGUGGUUUAACAAUUAUGU